UAUUACAGUAGUCCACUUGUAUUUCACAGCAUACAGAAAUAUGCUCUAUACAGAUACAUACUGCACCUUACAUGCACCCACCUGUAUGUUUUACAGUAAAAUGUGUGUUUGCAUAAUUUUUGUCUAUGUGAAAGUGUGCGAUGCAUCACUGCAUUUGUCCCCACAUAGGACCGCAAGAUUACCUCAAACCGGUGGCAGAGGAUGCCUUUUCACACCUCAACAGGAGGAGGCUAUUUGCACCACGGUCCGAGCAAACAAUGCUAUGAGGCUCAGGGAAAUACAAAGGACCAUUAUAGAAGACAACGAUGUCUUUGAAAACAUCCAUAUGGUUAGCAUCUCAACCAUCGACAGGGUGCUGCACAGAAACCAGAUGAGUAUUGAACAGCUGUACCGUGUACCAUUCCAAAGGAAUGAGGACAGAGUUAAGGAGCUACGGUACCAGUAUGUACAGCGUAUAAUGGAGUUGGAAUCAAGUGAACCCUCUCACAACUUUGUAUACGUGGAUGAGGCUGGCUUCAACCUGACCAAAUGCAGAAGGCGGGGUCGGAAUGUCAUCGGUCACAGAGCUACUGUGGAUUUGCCAGGCCAAAGGGGAGGAAAUAUCACCAUGUGUGCUGCUAUUUUGGAGCAUGGCGUCCUAACCCAUAUCCCCCUUAUAGGGCCAUACAACACCCAGCAUCUACUCAACUUUUUAGAGACUCUCUACAGGGCUCUCAUCCCUGAUGAUGAGAGGGGUCUAUUUAAAGAGGAUUUGCCAAAGUAUGUGGUCAUUUGUGAUAAUGUGAGUUUCCAUCGAUCAAACAUCAUAAGGUAAUGGUUUGUGACCCACCCAAGGAUGCUCAUAGAAUUCCUCCCACCUUAUUCACCAUUCCUUAACCCAAUUGAGGAGUUCUUUUCAGCAUGGAGGUGGAAGGUGUACGAUCGUCAGCCACACACACAGAUGACCCUGCUGGCUGCAAUGGAUGCAGCAUGUGAGGACAUCACAGUAGACGCCUGCAGAGGAUGGAUAAGGCAUUCCAAAAGAUUCUUUCCACGUUGCAUUGGAAGGGAAAAUAUCCGGUGUGAUGUGGAUGAGAAUAUGUGGGCCGACAGACAGGAACGUCUGGAUGUGUAGAGACAGAACUAGAACAGUGCUGCGGGCAAAGUUGUGCCUUAGGGGUGUUUCCGGUGUUUCUUUCUAAUUUAGUUUUUAUUUUCCUUUGUGCCCCUUGUCUUUUUCUUACUGUAAAUUAUUUUGUUGUUUUCUUUCAUAAAGUAGCACUAGUAAAAGCUGUGAAAAACAAAAUCUCUUUUGUCUCUUUCAAUCAAUAACCACAUACAGUAAUAUGUAAAUGGUACUGUUGAAAUUGAUAUAUGCCAUAGAAGUGCAGCCUUGUGCAUUUUCAAUACAGUAACUGUCAUCCAAACUGUAGCCUAAGUUUACAUCUGGUAAUACUGUCAAAGUACACAGUUACAUUGACAACAUGCCUAAACAUUUUGACGAGCUUGUUCGUGAACAAUGACUCAAUGACUUAUCAU